AUGGAUUUCUCCAACAUCUUUCGACUUGUCAACAUCGCCGUGGGUGUUAUCAUGGUGCUUGGCGGGAUCAGCCAGUUUUUCCCCGCGUCAAUGAGCUCUAUCAUUGUCGGUGUUUACGUGAUUCUUUUUGGUCUGAUUGUUGCUGGCCUCGAGUUCCUGCCCAACGUUCCCGACUACGCCUACCGCUACGCUUCGUUCCUGUUCUCCUUCCUGGGUCGUGGUGUCUUCUACAUCUUCGUCGGUUCCAUUUUGAUCCACGGCCACGUCCUCCGGGAGAUCGCCGCCGGUCUGGUUGGAGUUACCGGUGUUGGAUACGUGGUUCUGGAGUUCAUCCCCUCCAUCGAGCCUCCUUCCAACAUGCGCGAGUCUGACCAAGGCUGGGGCGCUGAGCAGGUCUAA